GUUUGGUAGGAGACAGGACAGUAGAUAGCAGUACAGGCUGUUUGGUAGGAUGGGCGGAUCCAGCUACUGACUCUGUUCACCCUCCUGUGAUACUGAGUAGAAGAGAAGUACCAGACUCCUUUUGGACCAGCAGAGCAGUAAGAAUCUCCCUUACAGCAGAUCUGGAGGAUGGCCAACGUCCAGGUGCCUGUUGUGGCCAUCGGUGCGUUUGGGGACAGUCCUGUCCAGAUGACCUGUCCUACCUGUCACCAGACAGUGGUCACUAAGGUUGACUUCUCCUCUGGUGUCCUCACCUAUCUCUUCUGUGGAGGACUCUUCUUCUGUGGGUUUGUUCUGGGUUGCUGUCUCAUCCCGUUCUGUUUCGACAGGCUCAAAGACGCCAAGCACACGUGUCCUCCUGCAAGACCCUCCUGGGGGUUUAUAAGCGCUUAUAAAGCCCAUAAUAACCAGCAGGAGACUCCUGUGUCUUUUGGGAAGCUAGCUACAACAUUGUGUCAUGUCUUCUGAGACAAGUUGCUCUUCCAACACAGUCUGUUGUUUGUCUCAGCUUCCACCCAGUAGAACUGCACAGCAGGCUACCACGUGUUUGAAAGACCAAUUAGUUUAACUCAAUAGAACAAUUUAACUGUCACAGAAUGUUGUCAUUGACAGUGUUCCAUUCCUUCCUGCCCUGUCCCUUGCUAUCUAGUUACCGGUUGCCUUGGCAACG